AGCGCGGAGGCUGUGCCUGGGCUGCGGGAUGGGGCGGCAGUGAGGGCCGGCGGGUGUGCGCCGACGGGGCUCUCGCCCCGCAGCCGAGCUGAGCCGUGCCGAGCAGUGCCGUGCCCAGCCCCGCUCCGCUCCCCGGUAAUGCGCAGCGGCCCCGCCGCCUAACCUAGGUGCCCGCUGCCAUGGCGGCCCCGGCCCCCGGGGUCCCGGCGGGGGUCCCGGCGGGGCUGCGGGCCGCUGCCUGGCUGCUGGCGUGCGCCGCGCUGUGCCGGGGCCGCGCCGCCGCCUGCCCGCCGCUCUGCGCCUGCAGCGGCACCACGGUGGACUGCCACGGUACGGCCCUGCGCGCCGUGCCCAAGAGCAUCCCCCGCGGCACCGAGCGCCUAGAGCUGAAUGGCAACAACAUCACACGGAUCAACAAGAACGACUUCGCUGGGCUGAAGCAGCUUCGUGUCCUGCAGCUGAUGGAAAACCAGAUCAUCACAGUGGAACGUGGGGCAUUUGAUGACAUGAAAGAGCUGGAGCGGCUACGGCUGAACCGCAACCAGCUGCACACCCUGCCUGAGCUCCUCUUCCAGAACAACCAGGCGCUGUCACGGCUGGACCUGAGUGAGAACUUCAUCCAGGCCAUCCCCAGGAAAGCUUUCCGUGGGGCCACCGACCUCAAGAACCUGCAACUGGACAAGAACCACAUCAGCUGCAUUGAAGAUGGGGCUUUCCGUGCCCUGCGGGGUCUGGAGGUCCUGACCCUGAAUAACAACAACAUCACUUCCAUCCCUGUGUCCAGCUUCAACCACAUGCCCAAGCUGCGGACGUUCCGCCUGCACUCCAACCACCUCUUCUGUGACUGCCACCUGGCCUGGCUCUCGCAGUGGCUGCGCCAGCGCCCCACCAUCGGGCUCUUCACCCAGUGUGCUGCUCCAGCCCAGCUCCGUGGUCUCAACGUGGCUGAGAUACAGAAGAACGAGUUCAGCUGCUCCGGACAAACAGACCCAGCACGUGCCCAGCUCUGCAGCUUGUCCUCUGGCUCCUGCCCAGCCAUGUGCACUUGCAGCAACGGCAUCGUGGACUGUCGGGGCAAAGGGCUCACAGCCAUCCCUGCCAACCUGCCCGAGACCAUGACAGAGAUACGCCUGGAGCUCAAUGGUAUCAAGUCCAUCCCCCCAGGUGCCUUCUCCCCCUACAAGAAGCUGAGGAGGAUAGACCUGAGCAACAAUCAGAUCUCGGAGAUUGCACCUGAUGCCUUCCAGGGGCUGCGCUCACUGAACUCCCUGGUGCUGUAUGGCAACAAGAUCACAGACCUCCCCAAGGGUGUCUUCGGGGGACUUUUUGCCCUGCAGCUGCUGCUCCUCAAUGCCAACAAGAUCAACUGUGUGCGAGCGGACGCCUUCCAGGACCUGCAGAACCUCUCCCUGCUCUCACUCUAUGACAACAAGAUACAGAGCCUGGCCAAGGGCACCUUCACCUCCCUGCGGGCCAUCCAGACCCUGCACCUGGCCCAGAAUCCCUUCAUCUGCGACUGCAAUCUGAAGUGGCUGGCAGACUUCCUCCGUGCCAACCCUGUUGAGACCAGCGGUGCCCGCUGUGCCAGCCCCCGGCGCCUGGCCAACAAGCGCAUCGGCCAGAUCAAGAGCAAGAAGUUCCGCUGCUCGGCCAAAGAGCAGUAUUUCAUCCCAGGGACAGAGGAUUACCAGCUGAACAGUGAGUGCAACAGUGACGUGAUCUGCCCCCCGAAGUGCCGCUGCGAAUCCAGUGUGGUGGAGUGCUCCAACCUGAAGCUCACCAAGAUCCCGGAGCGCAUCCCACAGUCCACAGCCGAGCUGCGCCUGAACAACAAUGAAAUCUCUGUCGUGGAGGCCACUGGCAUCUUCAAGAAACUCCCACAUUUGAAGAAAAUCAACCUCAGCAACAACAAGGUGUCAGAGAUUGAGGAUGGGGCAUUUGAGGGGGCAUCCUCCGUCAGUGAGCUGCAUCUCACCAUCAACCAGCUGGAGUCUGUGCGGAGCGGCAUGUUCAGGGGCCUGGAUGGGCUGAGGACCUUGAUGCUGAGGAACAACCGCAUCAGCUGCAUCCACAACGACAGCUUCACGGGGCUGCGCAAUGUCCGCCUGCUCUCCCUGUAUGACAACCAGAUCAGCACCAUCACACCGGGUGCCUUUGACACGCUGCAGUCUCUGUCCACACUGAACCUGCUCGCCAACCCCUUCAACUGCAACUGCCAGCUGGCCUGGCUGGGGGACUGGCUGCGCAAGAGGAAGAUCGUGACGGGGAACCCGCGGUGCCAAAACCCCGACUUCCUCCGGCAGAUCCCGCUCCAGGACGUGGCUUUCCCUGACUUCAGGUGUGAGGAAGGUCAGGAGGAGACGAGCUGCAUCCCCCGUCCGCAGUGCCCCCAGGAGUGCACGUGCCUCGACACCGUUGUCCGCUGCAGCAACAAGCACCUCAAGGCCCUGCCCAAAGGGAUCCCCAAGAAUGUCACGGAGCUCUACCUGGAUGGAAACCAGUUCACUCAGGUCCCGGGGCAGCUCUCCACCUUCAAGUACCUGCAGCUUGUUGAUCUGAGCAACAACAAGAUCAGUUCCCUGAGCAACUCCUCCUUCACCAACAUGAGCCAGCUCACCACCCUGAUCCUCAGCUACAACUCCCUGCAGUGCAUCCCUCCGUUAGCCUUCGAGGGCCUGCGCUCACUCCGGCUGCUGUCUCUCCAUGGCAAUGACAUCUCCAGCCUCCCUGAGGGCAUCUUUGCAGAUGUCACCUCCCUGUCCCACCUAGCCAUCGGAGCCAACCCCCUGUACUGCAGCUGCAACCUGCGCUGGCUCUCCAGCUGGGUCAAGACAGGGUACAAGGAGCCAGGCAUCGCCCGCUGCGCUGGGCCCCCUGACAUGGAAGGGAAGCUGCUGCUCACCACACCUGCCAAGAAGUUUGAGUGCCAAGGCCCGCCUGCCCUGAGCGUCCAGGCCAAGUGCAACCCCUGCCUCUCCAGCCCGUGCCAGAACCAGGGCACCUGCCACAACGACCCCCUCGGCUUCUACCGCUGCACCUGCCCCAGCGGCUACAAGGGCAGGGACUGCGAGGUGGCACUCAGCGGCUGCUCCUCCAACCCCUGCCUCAACGGGGGGACCUGCCAGCCUCAGGAUGGGGAAGGAGCCGGCUUCAGGUGCCUGUGCCCAGCAGGCUUCGAGGGUCCAAACUGCCAUGCCACCAGCGACCCCUGCAAGGAGCACAUCUGUGAGAAUGGGGGCUCCUGCGUGCCCACUGCCACCAACUACACCUGCCUGUGCCCUGCCCACUACACAGGGGAUUUCUGUGAGCAGCCACCGGAUUUCUGCUCAGCCGAGCUCAGCCCAUGCCAGCAUGGCUCUACCUGUGUCUCCACCAGCCAGGGGCCCAGGUGUGAAUGUGUGCCCGGCUACGUGGGGAGCAACUGCAGCGAGGACUUCAAUGACUGCCAGGACCACCGGUGCCAGAACAAUGCCCGCUGCCUGGAUGAGGUGAAUGGCUACUCCUGCAUCUGCACCGAGGGCUACAGCGGCCAGCUCUGCGAAAUGCCACCCCAUGCCGCCAGCCAGCCCAGCCUCUGCGAGCGAGCCGAGUGCCAGAACGGGGCACUGUGCGUGGAGCGGGGUGCCCGUGCCCUCUGCCAGUGCCUGCCCGGCUUUGGCGGCCCCAAGUGUGAGAAGCUGCUGAGUGUCAACUUUGUGGACCGUGACACAUACCUGCAGUUCACUGACCUGCAGGACUGGCCCCGGGCCAAUAUCACCCUGCAGGUCUCCACAGCUGAAGGCAAUGGCAUCCUGCUGUACAAUGGCGACAGCGACCACAUGGCUGUGGAGCUAUACCAGGGACAUGUCAGGGUCAGCUAUGACCCCGGCACCCACCCCAGCUCAGCCAUCUACAGUGCCGAGACCAUCAACGAUGGGCAGUUCCACACCGUGGAGCUGGUGACCUUCGACCAGAUGGUGAACCUUUCCAUUGAUGGUGGCAGCCCCAUGACCAUGGACAACUCAGGCAAGCACUACACGCUGAACAGCGAGGCUCCCCUCUACGUAGGAGGGAUGCCUGUGGACGUCAACUCGGCCGCCUUCCGCCUCUGGCAGCUCCUCAACGGCACCAGCUUCCAUGGGUGCAUCCGCAACCUCUACAUCAACAACGAGCUGCAGGACUUCACCAAGACGCGGAUGACGCCGGGGGUGGUGCCGGGAUGCGAGCCCUGCCGCAAGCUUUACUGCCUGCACGGCAUCUGCCAGCCCACCGGUGCCCAGGGCCCCGUCUGCCACUGUGAGCCCGGCUGGGAUGGGCCCCACUGCGACCAGCCCCACGGCGGCCCCUGCCAGGGGCACAAGUGCGUGCACGGGCUGUGCCUGCCCCUCGACACCCUCUCCUACACCUGCCAGUGCCACGAGGGCUACCAGGGCACCCUCUGCAACCAGCCCACCGAGCCACCCGACCCCUGCCACCGCCGGCCCUGCGUCCAUGGCCACUGCCGCCUCACCCCAAGUGGCCAGCCCACCUGCGAGUGCCACGACGGCUACACUGGAGCCCUCUGUGACCAAGAGCCGGAGUGCCGCGGGGAGCCGGUGCGGGACUACCACCAGGUGCAGCGGGGCUAUGCUAUCUGCCAGACGACGCGGCCGGUGGCCUGGGUGGAGUGCCGGGGGACGUGUGGCGGCCCCAGCGCCGGCUGCUGCACCGGGCUGCGGCUCCGGCGCAGGAAAUAUGCCUUUGAGUGCAGCAAUGGCGCAACCUUCGUGGAGGAGGUGGAGAAGCCCAGCAAGUGCGGCUGCAGCCAGUGCCUGUGAGCGGCCACCGGCCCUGGCGAGCCGGGGGGCCAGCAGGGAGCCCCCCAAGAGCCAAGGACCUCGCUUUGCCCUGCAGCUGCGGUGCUGCUGGCUGGGUGUUCCUGAACUGCGCCAGAGGAGCCCGGCAAAGGGUAGAGCUGUUGCAUUUAGAGGGUUGGGAAAAAAGGAAAAAGAAAAGAAAAAAGAAAACCCACAAAGCAAAUGUGUAGAUAGAAAAUUUGUUAAGAACUGCAGCUACACAGAUGUGUGGAUACGGGGUGGCCACUGCCCAGCUGCCCCCAUCCACUCCAUGCAGCACUUGGCCUAUUCCCCAGUGCAGUCUCACAGCCACGGAGGGCAGAGCCUGUGUCCCCCUGUGUGUCCCAUCCCUGGCAGCCCCAUCCCCCUGUGUCCAGACCAGUGAGCCGGAGACUUUUCCAACACCCGGGGCUGGAGCAGAGGGGCCUGACAUGGCAGAGCUUCGUGGGCCGUGGCAGGCUGUGGCUGGCAGAGGGCUGUGCAGUGUAGCCGACAUCCCGUGUUCCUGCGAGCCUGGAGUGCUGCUUCCCAUCCUCUCCUCUGGCAGCCCUGGACUCCCUGCUGAGGACCUGCCAUUGCCCUGAUGGCAGCGGCAGUGAGUACCCAAAUGUCAACAGCUCCACUGCCACAGCCUGACCCACUGGUGGCACCCCUUGGCUGGUCUGGGGGCACCAAACCCACUGGGGCCAUGCUGGCUGCAGCAGGACCAGGGUGGUCCCAGGCACACUGUAUGGGUCACGGGCAGUGGUGUGCAGAUUUCUGGGGUGCUCCCAGCACCAACCCUGCCACUGUGCCGUUAAGACAGAGGGGGGCCACAAACGCCCUCAGCCCAGCCGGGCGGCUCUGCACGGAGGUGGGAGCUGUGUGGGGCAGCACAGGAACCCCUUUCCUCCAGGCUCAGCCCUGGGGAAUGGGUUCUGCAGCCAGGCAAUGGUGGCCCAUGUCCCCCCGGCCCAGCCAGCCAGGGCAGGACAGCUGUGGUGUGGGUUUGCCAUGCCCAUCACCAGGGCCUCAGCCUUGUGAGUGCCAGGGCUGCCUGAAGAGGCUGAAGAUGCCCAAGCCUGGAGCUGACACUGCUGCCAUGACAGGUCCCACCAGCUCCUGGACUCAGGUGCCAAUGCUCAUGCAGCUCCUCUCCGAAGUCAGCAGUGCUGGGGACACACUGUGGGCUCAGGGGCAGCACCAUUGCCGGUGCAGCAUGGGGACCCCAUGGCAGUGUACUGCAUUCACCCAGCUUCCACAGCAUCAUCGCUUCUCUGCCUGUUGGGGGCCAAGGAUGGUGGGCGCCCAACCUGGGACACUGCACACAGCUGAACAGCAUGUCACCACAUCACCAUGGUGGACAAACUCAUCCCAGGGCUGCAGCUCCAGGUCUCUCCAGCACAGUGCUCCAUGCAUCAGCUUCAGGUCUGCACCACCGGCUGUGAACGGGCUCUGUGCAUCUCCACUUGGUGCUUCCAGCUCCAUGGGUGCUAUUGCUAUCCCUGCUCACCGACGGCAUCCAGGACAUUCCCAGCACCAUGGGGAUAUGUUUCUGCCGUAAACGCCCUCUCCACAGGAGCCCCCUGUGCCGCACAGAGGAGUCAGGACAUGUCUCAUUCUGCCCAUGGCCCAGCCGGGGCUUGGUUGUGUUGUGUUUCUGUUCUUGCUGUAUGCUAACUGCUAAAGUAUCUCUUUAUACAGAAUACUUACAGAUUCUAAUAUAUAUUUGUAUUUCAUUUUGUUAUAGUAUUUUUAUAUGUUUGGGGUCAACAAAUGAUGUUUUCUUUUUGUUUACAGAUGCUACUGGGCAGGAAAAUGACGGUGGCUUUGUUUGGCCUGUGGGGUUUGUGUGUGUCACUGUUGAAGACGCUGGUUUGUACUAGGCUGGCGAGGGAGGCGCUGAGCAUCCUUCCGCUGGCAGAGGCUGUAUUGUUUUAGGAGAUGUUUGGUAUUGUCUAUGUUGUCUUCCAUGUGAACAUGACAUUUAUUCAUUCAGA